AUGAAAGGAAGCAUGGCAUGGCAUCUGAUCCAAAAGGGUGGGAAUGGGAAUCAGAGUGAGUCUGUGAAUGCAAAUGCAGAUGCAAAUGGUGAAGCUCAUGUUUCAAAAGCUGUGAAGGAUGUGUCCAACAAUGCUCAACCUCUUAUCAUAUUUCACUGCUUGAAUUGGAUUAGAAAAAAUCAUGGUGUACAACACCAAACAAUCCUGAAGUGA